AUAAACUCGAAUGUCAAUAGGGUUUAUUCAGGCAAAAUCAUAAACAUCUGAAAACAAGUGACUCAUUACUUUGGAAAUACUAAAUAAUUAAGCGACUUGUUCGUAGUAACUUCACCUUCAAUUAUAUUUAUAAAGAAAAACAUCAAAACGGGGAACGACAUGUCUGUUUCAGCAAUGGAAAAACACCUUUUCAAUUUAAAAUUUGCGGUUAAAGACCUUGAGCGAAAUGCCAAGAAAUGCGAAAAGGAAGAGAAGGCGGAAAUACUCAAAACGAAAAAGGCAAUCCAGAAGGGAAACACUGAAGUGGCUAGAAUUCACGCAGAAAACGCUAUUCGACAGAAGAGUCAGUCCUUGAACUACCUCCGAAUGAGUGCCCGGGUGGACGCCGUAGCAAGCCGGGUACAGACCGCUCUCACAACUCGUCAGGUAACGAAUUCAAUGGCCGGUGUGGUGAAAGCUAUGGAUGCGGCGAUGAAGGGCAUGAAUCUAGAGAAAAUCUCCGGUCUGAUGGAUAAAUUCGAAUCCCAGUUCGAGGAUCUCGAUGUGCAAAGUUCGUACAUGGAGAACACCAUGUCCCAGACGACGACCACUUCGGUGCCGCAAAACGAUGUUGAGGCGCUCAUGCAACGGGUAGCGGAUGAAGCUGGAUUGGAGCUGAACAUGGAACUACCUAGCGGUCCGACGUCGACUGUUAUCGGUGCAUCUACUCAGGUAUCGACUGAACAGGAUGAGCUGACUGCACGCCUUGCACGGCUACGACAGGCAGAGUAAAUGGGCUACAAAAUCAGAUAUGUAGAGCAUUCGAUUGUUCCCACGCAGCGCGGAUUGGCUUUCUUUCUACACAGAUUCUGCUUACAUUUACCAAUCUCAUGGCCAGAUAUAGCAAUGUGCGUUGGACUCAGAGUUGGAAGAAUAUAAUUUUUAGGACUCCAUGUAAUUAUUCUGUUAUUUUUCUCACGAUGAAUAUAAACUAAGCGAACGCA